GGCCGGCCCAGUCCCUCUCCUCUCUCCCGCCGCCGCGCCAUGUCCAGCCGCCCGCUGGGGGCCCCGCGGAGCCGAGAGGAGCGGCCGGGCAGCGCCACGCAGUUAUCCAGUGUGAAAAGAUGGAUUCACCGGGAAAGGUUAUUAAAAUCAAACACCAAGAGAAGCCACAUUGGAAACAAUACUUGGAAUUAAGGAAAAAAUUUGGUCUCUCUAAGGAGGAGAGAGUGUACCUUAAAAGAAUACCAUUAAGGACCCCCUAUGAGAAAUCAGAAGAAAGGGUUUGUUCCAGUAACAGCUUGAAAAGGAAAAAUGAUUCUUGCAGUUCUUCAUCGUUAGAUGUGGAAAUAACAAAUCAACGUCAGGAAUGUGUUAAAGAAGAAAAGAUAAUUGUGGAUUUGGAAGAGGAUUUGACUAAGAAAAGAAAAAUAAAAUCCUCACCACUGUCAGACAGUGGAAAGAGAAGGAAAACUUCAGUCAAAUCAACCACAAGUCCAAGUUCAGAAAAUACCAGCUCAAGUGUCAGUGUACUUAACAGAAGUGUUUCACCCCCACCAGUCUUACCGCAGCAAAGUAUUUCCACAGACUUUGUUACAUCGUCUCUAGGGAGGGACUCUGAGCAAGACCCAUACUCUCAAUAUACUGACAUUACAGACUUAAGUAUCCCAGUUUUAGUGUCUUGUGAAGGUGAUACUUCAUUUCUUGAAGGUUCUUUCCGAGAUGAUGCUUUCCCUUUGACUCCCCCAGACUUGGAUGAAACAAUACGGGAUGAAAAAAUAAAACGACUUAAACAGCUCUUAAGAGAACGGGAAGCGGCACUUGAAGAGAUGCGUAGAAAAAUGCAGCAAAGCUGAAAUACUGAAGCUGGUGAUCUGGACCAUAUUCAUCUUCAUUUCAGUGACUUCAAGAGGAAAUUCCUUGUUUAAACAAACGUGAAUAUUUCUGGUAGAUGGAAGAUCUUAAUGAGGUUUACAGUAUGUGUGUAUUUAGAAGAGUAUAGGUUUCUUGUUAAAUACCGGAAAUAAAAGACUUGGACCAUCAAACUCUGCUUCUGGGACAUUAUAUGUAUCAAAGAAUGCAGAUAGGCAUUUUUAUUAGUCUGUUCUUUAUAUUUUGAAUUGAGGGGUUUCUGUAUUAGUCCUAGCAAAUAAACUUUCCCACUUUGGAAUUCCAUGGCCUAGCUCUUAGAAACUGAAUGUAAAUUGCAAACCCCAAAUGUAGAUAUUUUUUUGUUUUCCUAAUGUGCAUGACAACUUCUGUGAAUUCCUGAGAACUGUCAAUUGUCAUAAAAGGUCAAUGGUCAGUGUUUAAUAAAUGCUAUUUAAGUGAUCUUGGAGUUAGACUUUAGGCAGUAAUAAUGCAGAUAUUUAUACAAAACCUCUUACAGAUGUGAAGACGGAAGCAGUAGAAACCCCUGCUGACAGUUAUCUAGUUAUGUGUCUUUUACUAUUAUUAUUGUAAGCCUUUAUAAGGCCUUUUGCCAGCUGUGCAAUGUUGAAGUUCUGUUGUGAGGUUAUUUUUCGCGGGGGAAGGUGCAUUUUUUUUAAACAGAAUUAUGUUGAAUAAUAACUUGUUGAAGCAAAAAAGGCAUAUUUCUUUAUCCAGGGGUGGUAUCUUCAAUAAUUCUUGAUGAGUAUCUUUUA